CUGCUGGCUUAUUGUUGGCAGUACAUACCCGCCACGAUCUUUCUCACUUUCUCACGUUAUUGUGCCUCUUGUCUGCUGACCAUGACCCUCGGUCUAUGGCUGUCCCCGCCAUCAGCCAUGCUCCCAGAGACGACACAGAGAAUAAGGAAAUCCGUGUUGCUGCUAGUAGGCCUGUGUGUUGGUUUCUGUAUCAUUUUGCUGGUGUCCCAAAAAAGAAUCGGCAGCAAUCUUCCUGAUGAGAAUAAUGAUCCCACCAAUGUGAAUGUCAGACGAAAGCUCGUGGGAAAGGAGGAAGAUGGUCCCCUCAAGAUCCUCUACACCAUUACCAGCCUGGCCGAAUACAACACGGGGUCGAGAGCCACAGUCAAGGGAUCUGACCGCUUGCAAGAGACCAUGAUCCCAAUUAUAUCAGAAGGCGUUCAUAGCAUGGUCGCCAUGGGUUACCAAGUCGAUGUGUUUGUCGUGGCGCAUUACAUUUUGAAACCAGAGCGAUUGCAACUGAUUCGAGACAGUCUUCCUGACGGAGUGGGGCUCAAGUAUUGGGAUGAUGCCAUGCCUCUGGGAUACAAUACCGAGAAAUACCAAGAAAGCGACGGCACGAGUUUAAUUGGGGAGCGUUUCCUAUCACUGGCUCGUCAACACCGAUUUGUGAUUCGGGAUCACUUCUUGCUCUAUGAUGUCUUUGUCAGCUUUGAAGAUGACAUGCUCGUCACGGGACACCAUGUUCAGCACUACGUCAAAUUGUCCGAGGAAUUGUUAAGGCUCCAAAAAGAGGCACCGGACGAUUUGCCAGGGAAUCCAGACGACAAGUUUUACUCUUCGUCCUUCUCGGGACCCAUGACCAAAGGACAGCUGAGUCGAAUGAUGCCCGGAUUUAUUCGUGUGGAAGUAUUGCUUGAUCCUACCAGCAAAAAGUUUCAUACCAAACCAACCCAAGUUCCCAUAGACCUCGUAUUUGAUGAAAAGACAACAACAACCAACAAAAACAUCACCAAAAUUGAUCCACGUCCCUGCUGCCAUGUCGCCAAAGAGCGGUCGUCGCCCAAACGACCGGAAAAUCCAUCCUCCGAUCAGGUCAUGCUGUGGGAGACGGAAGUAAUGCCUUUGGGAGUACGAAAAAUGCCCAGCGACGUCUUGGAUUGGGUGGCAUUGUUACGAGGACCCACGUACGAUAAGGAAACUAAACUCAACACGAUGGUGGGUGACUAUUGGGCAGGAGUGGACGGGUACUUUGACAAAAAGAGGAGACCGGGCGGCAACGCCAGGAACUUGAUCAACAACAUGGGUGGAUGGAUGGCGACACGACAACAAAUAUGGCAGUGGCAUACCGAGAUUUGCCCUGGCGGAUUCCUACCACCCUAUGAAGCGCCGCACUAUCGAUUUGAUGGACUGGAUCUACGGGAUGUUGAAUGGUGGUCGGGAGGUCUGCAUUUGGUGACCAAGAGACAUGCUUGCAACUUGCAACGGAUUAUGAGCCUAAAUCCAGAUGAGUUUCAUUUCCAUCUCUUGUACCACACGGCCAACAACAAGCAGAGCUCCAUCAAAACCGAUCGAUUCACAAGAGCGAACGAUCUACUGGGACAACUCAACACAGUACGAAAGAAUGCGCAGAAAGCGUUGGAGAAACAAAAGCAACGAUGAGAUCCAAUGCCUGUUUGGUUUUCUCUUGACACCUAAUCGUAACUGUCAAGAGCCUGAAUCGAACAGCGGAGGAUGCGUCACAUGGAUUGAUUCGGGGGGUUGGCCGUCAGUUGCCUCCCUUCCCGACGCUUCAGAGGAUUUUCUGAGGAAUCUGAGGAAGAUAAAACGAAUGCCUAGCUAGGGCGCAUUGGGCGGUGAAACUCUACCGGGUCGACCUGAACAACAACAGCAAGGAUGAAGCAGAAGCUGAUGCCCUCAUUACACAGUUUACCUCUUUCGAGAUACUUAGCUGGAGACUCAAAUGAUCUGUGAUUGCCACAGUUCGCAGCCGGCACAGGACCGCUGGACACCGACAGAUUUGCACAGUUCCCAGCCGAGCACACAGAAUACCCAGAAUACUCAGUCCCUGGCCAAGAAAGAUGCACAGCAAUUGAGGAUACGGGACUACCGUAACUAAGAGUAUUGGAUUAUUUGAAGCUUUAGUCUUUUAAAACGUUCCCUCACA